UAAAAGUGAAAUUAAUUGAAGUGUUUUUUUCCCUUAAUCGGAGCUUCUUCAUUUCUUCAUACAAACCCCCCUAGAUGACGGAAAACACACGUGACGCCGUCGGAAGCCGACGCACACGAUCACAAGCAGCACCAGAAUGGACCCUCACCGAAUCCCUCAUCCUCCUCAACGAAAUCGCCGCCGUCGAAGCCGAUUGUUCCGUCAAUUUCUCAUCUUACCAACAAUGGGACAUCAUUUCCCAAAACUGCGCCGCCUUGGACGUCGAUCGGAACUUGGCUCAGUGUCGUCGGAAAUGGCGAUCUCUACUUGCCGAAUACGAAGAAGUGAGAAGGAGAAGAAGAGCGUGGAAUUUGGAUCGUGAAUUGUUUGAUGCUGUUGAGAGAGUUGUGAAAGGGAGAGAAGAAAGAGGGGAAGUUGAUAGAGAGAGUGAUGGUGAAUUGGGGAAUGAGGAAAGGGAUGUUACUGUUGAAAUUGAUAUGAUUGGAACUGGCUUCAAAAGAAAAAGGCCUCGAAGUAAAGUUGAGAGAAAUUCUGUUCAGAAGCCUAAGAAAUACUGGCCAGUGGAGCCUUCAGAAAAUCUCAAAGAAAAACAGGUUCCUGAGGAAAUUCACGAAGAAGUGCCUGAGAAUAAUCAUAUGGAAGAAGAGUUUUUGAAAGACUUCCUAGAAAAGAAACCAAAGUUGAAAUCUCCUGCAAAAAGGCGUCAAAAGCACAUAGAGACGCCACUGCAGAAUCUACCUGAAGUAGACAAACACCAUGACAUUGAAAAGCCGAAGCCGGCAAGUGUAGGAAACAUAACAAAUAACAGCAGGGAAGAAAACGAGGAAAUGUUGACUUUGAAAUUGCAAGAGUUAGCAAUAGAGAUUCAAGAGAUUAGUGCUGAAUCUGCAGACUGCAAGGAAGCUAACACAGAGAAUAUAGAGGAUUACCGUACUGAAUUUACGAGACGCCAAGGGGAUAAGCUCAUAGCAAGGCUGGGAAAUUUCUCUAACACCCUUAAACAACUAUGUGAUCUUCUCCAAGAGUGUAAAUGAAGAUUACAAUUUCGUUUUGAUAAUUAAUUUUGUCCUUAUUAGUGAAUGAAUGCAGCAUAUAUAAGAGAAUACUAUUUAUAAAAUUGAUAUUUCUUUUAAGAGAUUUAUGUUGUACUCAAAACUAGUUGUAAUUUUAACAUGUGUUUCUCAACAUAAA